AUUUGUCAAACGUACUCCCAAAAUUUCAAUAUUUCCCCUCUCUCUGACCCAAUAUAAACCCCUACCAAAUAACAACUUCAAUUAAUUCCGUCUCUUUAUAUACUCUUCCCAUUAUUAACAAUCCUUUGCAACCGAAAUAAACCCAAAAAGGACCAAUCACAUAAAACUUUCUAUAUUUUAGCCUUUGCAGUUUGCUCCCUAGAAAGGAAAAAGAAUAUAAAUUAAGAUAAAAGCGGAAGCACAAAAUCCGAGUAAAAAAUGGGAAACAGUUUGGGAGGGAAAAAGAGUGCGAAAGUGAUGAAAAUCAGCGGCGAAACUCAAAAAGUGAAGACCCCAGUUCGGGCCGGGUCGAUCCUUGACACGUGUCCGGGUCACGUCCUGUUGGAGUCGGAGGCGGUUAAACAUCACGGCUUGCGAGCCAAGCCGCUUGAGCCGCAGCAGGAGCUGAAGCCGGGUGGGGUAUAUUUCCUGGUCCAAAUCCCAAAGGAUGAUGAGAACCGGAUAGGCGCGAGGAGGGUCAGAUCUGGGAUUCAGAUGAGCGCCAAGGACCGGCUCGAGAGCCUCAUGCUGUCGCGCCGAUCGGCCUCGGAUCUGUCCAACGUGGCGGCAGCGGCGGUCUCGGCGGCAGAUCUGGAGGAGAACGGCGGGGUAAGAGUGAGGAUGCGGCUGCCCAAGGCGGAGGUCGAGAGGCUGAUGGCGGAGAGCAAGGACGGGGCUGACGUGGCAGAGAAAAUCGCCAGAUUUUACAUGGCCGCGAAAGGCGGCGCCGAUGGAGUUGGUGGUGACGUCAGAAGGCUCGUCAAAUCUACUCGGGAGAGGAGAGUUGGAUUCAUGCCGGUAAGCGAUAGAGAGAUCCACCACUACCUUACAACUGCCUCAUAGCUUCCCCACAAAGUUGAAACGAAAUGCUUUGAAAUGGGGCCAAAGUUUGUAGUUGUUAGACGGUUUUUUCUUCAAAUUUGCAGCGGAAGUUCAGGUUCUCAGUGUCAGAUAGAAUACAUUCCGUUAUUUUUGUAUGUGUAAAGUUUCAGUGUUAGAUGCUGGGAAUAAGAGUUUCUUGGAGUAAUUAGAUGAAUUGUGAGAUCGAUGCUCACAUGUUUUGCUGUUAAUGGGAAUUUUUAUUCCACUAACUCAUAUAUUAAUUGUUCUUGAUAAUUUUCUUUUGUAUCCUGU